AUGCAGCUGGCUGCUACUACUAUUAUUAGUGAUAUGUUUAUUGUCUCCAUGAAUACGUCCAGCUGCAUGUUCUUCAACCAAUGCAUCCGACCGUCUAACAGGAGUUCAAGCGAUCGAUUCCAGGAUUCGCACCAUCAGCAGCUGCUGCUUCUCUGUCACCUGGCUGCAUCCUCCAAGCAUAUCCCUCUUCUCAGGCGCAGCAGCAGACUUUGCAACGCGCCACUGGUACACGAUGUCACCUUGAUGUGCUACCCUUCCGCUUAUUCCAGUGGCGAGAUUGCCGGUGUGCGCUUGAAUGCAACGCUAGUUCAAUCCCUGCUGACGCAUUAUCGCCCAUCUAGAUGGGCUGAUCUGCCCGGAGGCCUCCAAGCUAUGGAGCCACUGAAGGAGGCGCACAUGAUUACUCUGAGGCACCUUCUUUCCUGUGAACAGAGCUCGUGGCAUGUCAGUGGAUUCAGCUGCCCGAUGGUGACCUUGAGCCUUCAAGUGCAAACAUCCAACCGGCAUCGCAUGUGUCGCGAGUUGGACACCUAUCCACGUUAA